CCGACCGUCGACAAUCUGUCAAAAGACCGUUCCUCAGUAGGGGAAAAAAGCAAGAACAAAAAAGAUCAAGAUGGGUUUGGUGGUGAUGAGAGGUGAAAAAUAGUCAAUCGUACGAUACACCCUCAUCCUCGCGAAAAGGCCAAGCCCUACACACAAAGCGCAAACCGUGCUACCCGCUACCCGAAUGUGCUCCACCGCUCGCUUGUAGUCGAAGCGAACGCCGCGUACCCGGAUUGCCCCGACCCCGGGGACCUAGCACGACCAACUGCACACGCACACGAUGGCCGCGAGGGAACGGGAAACCCAACUGUCCCGGAUCAAGCAGUUCUUUCGCAUGUCCAAGCCGGGCAGUGUGUCAAGCUCGCGACAUGAUUUACCGAUCUCGCCGGAGCUGGAGCGCGAGCUGCGGCCGGAAACGCCCGUCACGCAGCGGUGCAAGGCGCUGCGCGACUUUGGCGACCAGGUGCUGACGUCCCGGCUCGAGCCGGACGCGGUCCAGUCGCUGUGGGAGCUGACGAAGGAUCUGCUCGUCGGCAACAAGCUGAUGGAGCAGCGCCAGUGUGCCCUCGCCUUCUACUGCCGGCUGAUCCAGGGCCAGUACGACCGGCUGGGGCUGAUGCGGGCCCAGUUCUAUCGCGUGAUCGAAAGCCACAGCGAGCCGGAGGACAUCUCGUACCGGCUGGAGAUGCUGAAGCUGCUGACCGAGACGGGGAAGAACAUUCAGCACUUCGAGAAGGAGAUCGGUGCGUUCCUGCUCGACUGGAUCAAGCCGAUCCACGAGGCCGGCCUGAUCGAUUCGCUGCUCGAGCUGAUCGUCAACCUGAUCAAGUACAAUGCGGCCAGCCUGGAGCCCAAGUUUCUGGUCGGCGUCGUGUCGUACAUCUUCGACAUGACGUGCAACAAGCAGGAAACGAACACGAUCCUGCUCUGUCUGUCCGUGCUUGAUUGCUUCAUCUGCUACGCGAUCAUACCGAACGAGUCGCUCACGCUGUUCAUCAUCAUCCUGUGCCGGAUGGUCAACCAGGAGGCGUACUGCCAACACUCGUGGAAGAUUAUGAAGAAUCUCUUCGGGACGGCGCUCGGGCACGCCACGCUGCUGACCAUGUGCAACAUACUGAACAAUCCGGCCUUCCACCAGGACGAUGCGCUGCUGCGCGGUGCCAUCUUUCACACGAACGUCGGCCUGUGGGGCAUCAGCGUCGUGCCGAUACUGCACUGUUCGCCGUCGCUCGUGCUGACCAGCUUUUGGAACGCACUGAAAAGUAGACACGUGAUCGUGACGUACGAGGUGAUACUGAGCAUGAACCGGCUGAUACAAAAGUCGGGCAACGAGCUGAACGAACCGACGUGGGACAUCAUCUGCGACAUCAUGACGGAGAUUUCGCACAAUCUCGCCAUACACCGGCUGCCGGCCGACCACACCGUGGUGACGCACUUUCACGAAACGCUCAACAUGGUGGAGCAGCUGCUGCAGCAGGGCACACUGAACGCCGACCCGGAGAAGGUGUACGGGUUGAUCGAGCACGUGUCGGCCGAGCGGCCGGAAGCGUCCGUCAGGCAGCUGAUCGACUAUCGGGCGAGCAAAAUAUCGGCCACCCGGUCGGAGUGGCUGAAGCAGCUGUGCCAGUUUAUGGAUCGGUUCUACCGCAUGAAGAACAGCAACGUGCGCAUCUACGCGGUGCAGGCGCUGGAGCGCAUCAUGACCGCCAACCGGGCGGCGUACGAGGACGAAAUACUGGAGCGCAUCGUGAUCGUUCAUCUCGGCACGGUACCGCUCGAGAAGGAUCCGGAGGUGCGGAAAGCGGUCGCGCGGACGCUGAUCGAGUUUACCAUUCACUGCGAGACGAAGCGGUGCAUCGAGCUGCUGGAAAUAGUGGAAAAGCUGCUGCAGCGCCCGUACGAGGAGAAUCAGGUGGUGCGGUCGGAGCAGGAAGCGGAGGACAUCAUCCUGCUGGUUGACGGGCUGAUAAGGCUGUUCAUCGUGAAGCUGUACCGGUUGCCGUCGCUGCAUGCGAUCCGCGUGUACAGCAUGCUGAUCGGGCUGCUCGAGCAGCACUACCAGCGGCCGCACGUGCUCGCGAACGUGGUGACGAUCCGGUACCGGAUCUUCGCAUGGAUGAUGAAGGCCCGAGCGAACGGUUCGUUCCACAUCGGCUAUCCCGAUCCGGAGGAUGGGAAUCGGGUGCGCUUUUCGCACUACCUCGGGCUCGAGGGGCCGUACCAGCACCAGAGCUUGCAGCCGCAACCGUACCUCUCGAGCCAGUCGACGAGCCAGCUGAAUCUGACCGGCGCCGGCGGUUCGGAGGCGGGCUCGAAGGCGAUGGAUCGCAUCCCGGCCACCAAUCUGACCACGAUCUCGAUCAAGCGCGGCUGCCAGGUGAUUGUGCUGUGCCUGAAGGAGGAGAAGGACUGGGAGGUGAUACAGCUGGUGCUGACCGAGCUGCCGAGCGUGAUGCAGAACAAGGCGCUGAUCCAGGGCAACGAUGUGGACUCGCUCGCCCGCACCCUGUACCGCAUGUACACGGACAAGAUGCAGCUGGAAAAGCUGCAGGUGUCGGCGAACGUGGCGCCGAAGAUGUCCGACUACAUGGAGCUGAUCCUGCCCGCCCUGUCCAGCCUGGCGAUGUACCAUCAGCAUCUGGACACGAACACGCAGAAGAACAUUAUCGACGCGCUGAAGCAGGGGCUGAUCUCUCGCCGGCCGCACGAGUGCAUCCGCAUGCUGACGAUACUGCUGCUCGAGAUGCCGGAGCAGCUGAUGCCGAAGAUGGCCGACUUGCUGCUGGAGCUGAGCAAGAUGACGGGCACGAAAAUGGUGGCGCUGCCGGUGCUCGAGUUCCUCUCCACGCUCAUACUCGUGCCGAGCUUCCGGUUCGGCAACUUUACGAUGCGCACGUACAUGUGCGUGAUGGCGAUGUCGCUGCCGUUUACGAACCCGUUCCGGUACGACCACUACACCGUGUCGCUGGCGCACUACGUCGUGGCGGCGUGGUUCAUCAAGUGCAAGCUGCCGAUGCGCCACCAGCUGGUCAAGUUCAUCGUGCAAGGGCUCGAGUCGUACGUGCACGUGCCGUUCCAGGACGGGUCGCGCUCGUUCUCGCAGGUGAACGAGGAUUCGUCUGAGCGCAAGCGUAGCUCCAGCCUGACCGAGCAGAGCUCUCGCCGUCGCGAUCGCAUCCAGCAGCAGGCACAGCAGCAAAAGCAAUCCCAGCAGCAGCAGCAACAGCAGGGACAACAAUCGGGCCAUCGGGCGGGUGUCGCGUCAUCCAAUGCGUCCGGAUCAACGGCAUCGAUUGCGCAAUCCUCCACCGCGCUGCCCUCGCAGAAGGUAUACUCAAUUUCACCGCUCAACGACGACAUGUACCGGUUCCACUGCGAGCUGGCCGACACGUGCGUCGAUUUUAUGGUGCGCCACACGUUCUCGCCCUGCUCCGGCAUCUCGAAGCGGCUGCCGUCGGCCGAGUUUCUGCUGUCCGGCGGCCAAUCGAUGACCUGGCUGGUCGGGCACGAUCUGAUCACCAUCACGACGAGCGGCUGCUCGGGUGUCACCUUCCGGAAUGGGCUGUGCGAUCGGUGCCACCAGUACUGCCAGUCGGCCGGGACUGCAUCCAACGGUCCGGGCGAUCAGAGCAAACUGAUGGCCCCUUAUCAGCAGCAUCAGCAGCAGCACCACCACCAACACCAACAGCAUCAUCACCAUGCGUUGCUCUCGAAAUCGAACAGCAGUGCGAGUACCGCGACCACCACCACGACGGUCGGCGGCGGGCAACCGUUGUCCCCGGAGCCACCGUUCAGCAGUGCCUCGUCGGGCAAAGACUCGGGCCUGUCCGGCAUUGGGCUGGGUGGCGGCGGGGACGGUGCCCUCAGUGCCGCCGGCAACGGGCUCCCGCUAACGCUGGCCUCCGCCUCGUCGUCGAAUAAAAGGUAUACCAAAGCCAGUUUGCAACACAGUAGUGCAAAUGAAUCGGACAGCACCGAUCUGACGACGUCCAGCUCGACCUCGUCCUCGACCGCGGCCACACCGUACCCCACGGCACUCCACUCGGCCCACGGUGGCCCCAUGGUGGCUGCCAACGCUGCCGCCGCCAGCAAUCGCUUCUUCCGGCAGGGCUCGCAGGAAGGCUACUCGUCCGGUUCACUGGAGGCACUGUCACGGCGCGGAAGCAACCCCGACUCAGCCGACCCUACUAUCGGCGGUCCCGGUGGCAUGAUGGGCCCGGUCGGGGGGGAGCUACAGCUGCAGCGCACCAGCUCACUGGUCGCUCCGCGUGCACCGCCCGGCCUGAUGGCCACGAUCGGCAACCGGUUGAUUCUACCGCAGCAGCUGAGCAGCUCGCUGGCGGGCGGUGUCGGUGGUGGCGGUUCUUCCUCCUCGUCGGGCAUCGGGUUCGACCGGCCGGUACAGCCGUGUGCCUGCGUGUGCACGGGCUGGGCGGAAGUGUGCGUACGCCGACCGACCGGCUUUACGUCGUGGAUCACGCGCAUCCAGAGCCAAGUUUCGCACGACAUUCUCGGUGGCGACGUGUCGCUGCAGGAUUUAACGUCGCUCUUUUCGCCCAGCGUGGGAGGCGGUGUGAUUGGGCCGGACUAUAUGACGCUCGGCACGGGCGGCCAUCCUUCGUACAGUGGCGAUGGGCUGACACCGUUCGGCAGUAGUGCGGACAUUCCGUCCGCGACGAUGGUUGAUCGAGUAGCUGCUGCCCCGGAGAGUGAGCUACACCCGUCGACUGUGGGCAGCUCGGAGCUGCUAAAUCCGGUUCCAGCACCGGCUCCGACUGUCCAGCCCCGUGCGAAAGUGUCCAUCUCGGACGAAGUGUUUGAAAUGGUGAAGAAACCCGAAUCGAAGAAGAAACCCUCGGUGGAGGAAGAGCACGAGCAGAGCGAGGACGAGGAGCUGCGGAACGUACUCGCCGGUGGUGGUGGUGUGGAUCCAUCGCUUAGUGGUGGCGGUUCGGGUCCGAUAAACAUUCCCGGCAAGCAGUCGAGCACCGCGGGCGCCCUCGCGUCCGACGACGACGCCAGCCACUCGGACGACGAUGACGAUGAGGAGGAUGGGGAGGAGGAUGGAAGCGAUGAGAAUGGCCGGAAGCAUGGCAACGAUGAGGUGAUGUUUGAUGAUACCGAUGGUCGCACCCGAAAACCGGUCCGGCGGGUCAACUCCAGCCCCGAGAUGCGUACGAAGUGGAACAGUCAGUUUUUGAGCAAAGCGAAGGAAAGCGCCGGACAGCAGCACCAGCAGCAUCAGCAGAUGGACUCGACCGCCAUUGUGACGGCGGGUGCGGGAGACCCGGCGGUGGUAGCGACGACCUCCGUGGUUUCCGCCGGCUUAGGACAGACCGUGGAAACGGGCGUGAUGGAGAAGAAAAAGUCCACCUACGGCAAGGGCGUAAGCUGCGAGGCGAUUCCGGAGGAAAUUGCUGGCUCUACCCCGCCUCCUCCGACGGCCCUGCGCAUGCAGAGCGACCCACAAACCACGGCAGUACCACCGCCACCGACCGUCCGUGGCACGGUCACGGCUAAACAUCAGGCGGAGUUCGGUGCGACCAAAGCGACCGCCAUCACGACCUCGCUGCCCGAGUCGAACACGCUCGAACCGAUACCGGCUUCGCUGGUGGCCCCGCGCAAACAACACUCAGCCGACGAUGCCACGCUUGGCGCCCGUCCCGACGGCGCCUCGCCUGAAGUCAUCAACACGCUGCAGCAAGGGCCGAUCGCCGGCCUGCCGAGCGGCGCCAUGAUUGCACCGAUCGCGAUGCAUCCGAUCACGCAAACGUCGUCCUCGUCCGCGCUCAGCCUCAAGCUGCCGAUGGAGAAGGUGACGAGCAAGCCGCCCCAGUCGCCGGUCCCACUCUCACCGCGGCUGAUCGCCCGCAACACCACCAACCUGAAGCAAUCGAGCUCGGGGACCGCUUCGCCCUCCUUCCCGGCGAUGGGUAUGGGUGGUGCCGGCUCGAUCGGGAUCGGCAGCGGGCUGCUCGGGAUGGGCAGCGGCGGCAAUGAUAAUGACAAUCUGCCCCGCGGUCGCUCCAAAACCAUCUCGACCGUGCGGGAGCACUACACGCGCGACGCCUCGAAGUGGAGCGCCGCGAACGUGUCGCGCAUGCGCAACGAGCACAUCAACCGGACGGUCGUCAGCCCGAGCUUUGUGUUUCUGCAGCUGUACCACCAUGGCCAGUUCGGCAGUGAGUGCCCGCUACUGCUGGACAAGGAUCCGGAGAAGGCGAUCGCCCUGCUCGAUCUGAUACCGCCGUUCGAGAUGCACAAGAUCGGCGUGCUGUACGUGGGCCCCGGGCAGGCGGGCAACGAGUCGGAGAUACUGAAGAACCGGUACGGCAGCCUGCGGUACGCGGAGUUUCUCAGCAGCCUCGGCACGCUGGUCGCGAUCAAGGACGCCAAAGAGAAGAACAUCUUCAUCGAUCUCGAAAGCAACGGCAAGGACGGUGCGUUCACGUACAUCUACCAGGACGAUAUCGUGCAGCUGACGUUUCACGUCGCGACGCUGAUGCCGAACAAGCGGCAGGACCCGCACUGCAACGAGAAGAAGAAGCACAUCGGGAACGAUUUCGUCACGAUCGUGUACAACGAGAGCGGCGAGGAGUACGACCUGAAAACGAUUCGAGGUCAGUACAAUUACGCCUGCGUAAUUGUGGAGCCAAUCGAGCUGAACAGCAACCGCGUGUUUAUCCGGUCGAAGGACGACAUCGCCCAGCACGUGACGCGCGAAACGAAGAUCGUCUCGGACCAUACGGCACCGCUGCUCGCCCGUCAGAUGGCACUGCACGCGAACUUGGCUUCCCUGGUCGCUCAGUCGCUCAAGACGAAAAACUCCAGCCCGUACGCCUCGAACUGGCUGGAGCGGUUGCGCAAGAUCAAAAACAUCCGCUCCCGGUACGGCCAGCAGCAGGAUGAUCAGCGGCAGACGCAGCAACAGCAGCAGCAGCAGCAACAACAAUCGCUACAGCAGGGCGGCGGCGGUUCGGCCAACGAUCUCAGCUCGGCCGCCAGCAGCUCCAACAGCGGCAUCAGCUACCGGGUGGACGAUUUCUCCAAGUACACCGUUUGAGCAGGGUGAUGGAUGGACGAUCCUCGCGCAAACAGUUUGUUAUGUUGUUUUCCCUCCCUCUUUUUUGUUUCCUCUAUUGUUUUUUUUCUCUCUAUCUAUUUCCCCCUUACUGCACUUUGUGUGACCCUUCAUUAUCCGCAAUACGUGUUACCCCAAGGGUGGUCCAGUUCCAAGUGGGGAGAUUCCGCCUUCCGCUAAAAACACAAAACAAAGUAAGGGAAAACCUCAUUCACGCUUUAACUUUUUACAUUUGCUAGCGUGUGUGAUUUGUUACAUCAUCCAAGAAGGGGCUGCGCAAUUGGCUUGCUAAAACACGAACGUGCCGUGUGUGUGUGUGGUCUGUGUUAAGGAGGUGGCCGAAACGGAUCAUUAUGUUAUGUGCUUGAAGCAGCUCCCUCCCCGCGCUUUUUACUAUCCUCGUGCUUCUUAUCCGUGUGAAUGCGGGCCUUGUGUGUGUGUACCAAGAGAUUAUUUCUGGGACGUCUCCAAUUACCGGGAGAGCAGGAGGAGGGGUCAACAGCAUAAAGACCCGCUUUCCCUCUGUCACUUUGCUUCCCUCUAUGUGUGGGUGAUCGCGAGCGGGAGGAAGAGCGAGUGAAGCGAAAGCACUGGCACGACUGCAGCUGAUGACAUAAUAUCAAUAAUGUUUGCAUACUUGUUAUCGUACAAAUAAUAAAGAAUAUAUAUAUUAAAAAUUA